AUGGAUACACCUGCGGCUAGUACCUCCGCUAACAAUCAGCAUCAUCCAUCGUUUGCAUCUACUGGUACCAUCGAAGUACCUGUUUUCUAUCCAACCAUCGAAGAAAUGCGUGAUUUUCCGACGCUGAUCAAUAAAAUCGAGCAACAACACCGUGCGCAUCUGGUUUGCGGCAUUGCAAAGAUCGUACCCCCGCCGGAAUUCCAUGCAAGAAAAUCAGGCGACUAUUCGGAUGUGGAUAACUAUGUCAUCGAUCAGCCCGUGAAAGAAAAAAUUGAGGGGAAUGCUGGAGUGUAUAUUAAAACAAAUAGAUUAUAUCGAAGAUCAAUUACUGUACGAGAAUUUCGUGCGCUUGCAAAAAAAUCACCUUUUCCGAAGAGUGAUUUAUCCUUACAAAAGAUUGAGAAAUAUUACUGGAAACAUGUAUUACAAGGCGAACCAGUUUAUGGUGCCGACUCACCAGGAACCAUAUGUGAUGAAAACCUUAAAGAAUUCAAUAUGAAUCAUUUGGGCACGGUUCUCGAUAUGGUAGAUGAUAGUGGAGUGAAAAUUAAAGGAGUGAACACAGUUUAUUUGUAUUUCGGCAUGUGGAAAACGACAUUCCCAUGGCAUCCCGAAGACAUGGAUCUUUACUCUAUCAAUUAUGUUCAUUUUGGUAAACCGAAGUUUUGGUAUGCCAUAGCUACGGACUCGCUGAGUCGUUUUGAACGUUUUGCUGCGCAGUGUUUCCCAUCAGCAGCAAAAUCAUGUAAAUCAUUUUUGCGUCACAAAACUUUCAUGAUCUCUCCACACGUUCUGCGAAAAAACAAUAUCAGAUACGGAACGAUGGUUCAGUAUGCAAAUGAGUUCAUAAUUACAUUUCCACGGGGAUAUCACAUGGGUUUUAAUAUUGGCUACAACUGUGCAGAAUCAACAAAUUUUGGAUCCGAUCGAUGGAUUGAUUUUGGUAAGAAUGCUUUGGUAUGUGGUUGCCGCUCAGACAGUGUUGAAAUUGAUAUGCGUCCGUUUAUGAAGGCAUAUCGAGCUGCUGAAUAUGAUGAAUGGUACCAGUAUUGGUACGGUGAACGACUUGUCAAAGAUAGAAGAAAAGUGACGUGUUCGAAACGUCAACCGGUAUGUGAUGAGAAAGCAGUGGAGAGGAAGAAGCGUCGGAAAACUCAGAAAAGUGGAGGCGCACGUGGACCGCAUGUUGAAGAUGGUAUCGAUGCAGGAAGUUCUGGAUUUAAUGGUGAUAUGAAUAGUAACGAGCAAGAAAUGUCGACAGCGGUUUCAAACAUGAUUGUAAAUACUAAAUGGAAAAAGGAGGUUCGAGAUUUAUGGUCGAAUUUGCCUGGAAGUCUUUACGCUGAAAAAGAGUUCAAUAUUCGUCACGCUUAUAAUACACCACAUUGCUCCAUAUGUCAGUAUUUUGUACCAAAACCACUCAUGGAAAAGAAAAAGAAUUUGCCAUUGACAUCGCAACGUCUUGUGAAACGUGCAUAUUAUGCGAAAACAAAUCCCGACACGUAUAAUAUAAAUGAGAAUGAUACAUCCUGUGAUGAUCGAUUAUUCAAGUGCGCAAACUGCUUUGUAGUUGUACAUGAAGGCUGCUAUCCGAUCGGGAAUAUCCCUAAUGAUAUAACUGAAUGGAAAUGUGUACGUUGUAGGCAACGUGAUGACUUAAUAUUACGUUCAGCAAGUUGUCACCUUUGCGAACUACGUGGAGGCGCUCUCAUACCUUGUGAAAAUAGCGAAGGAGAUUUUGUUCACGUUAUUUGUGCUUUGUUAAAUCGUCGUACAGUUUUUCUCGAUCCAGUAAAACUAACAUCAGCGUACACUUUACCACCACCAAAGUUUUGCGCACCGAACAAGUAUCCAGAUCUCAUGAACGAGGAAUAUAUGGGGGCCUUUGGCGAGAAUUAUGAACGAGGCAAAUUUGAAUGCGAGUUUUGCUUGCAUUCACGUGAAGGACUGUUAAAAUGUCUUUCGUGCGAUGAUACGCUGUUUCAUGCAACGUGUGGUCGUCUAGCAGGCGUUUCUUUCGAAUUCCGUAACUGGCCAGAUCUUACCGUUGCUGUCUGUCCUGAGCAUAACGAUGGUGAAGUAAAUACAUCAGCAGUAUCAGUUGGUGAUAACGUUCGUGUAUGUUCGAACGAUUGCGGCCGUUUACUCAAAGGAACGGUUUCUAGUAUUGAAUAUCAUGAUUGUUGUACAGUAAAUUUUAUGGAUCGUAAUUGGAGUGAUGAUUUGCCAUCAGAAGAUAUUGUCGAAUGUGAAUGUUCGCGAUUUAACUGCAAUGGGUGGCACGUACCGGGAGCUAAGAUCAAAGUGAAAUGGGAUGAUGGUUUAAUCUAUGAUGGUAUUUUCCGUAAUCGCUAUCAGCGUGCUGUUUAUACCGUUAGUCUGAAUGCGAAACAUGCACAGAAUCAUCCGGCAAUAGUACAGGUUGGACGAGAUGCAAUAUUUGCACGUGGUGAGAAGCCAAACACCUUAUAA